GGCCACCCAGCCCAGACCGGGAGGCUUCCAUGCCCCUCGCUGCGGCCGGGCAGUCCUGCCUUCAGCUCUGUGUCCUCAGCGACCGGCGCCAAGGCUGGCUGGACGGAACUCAGGUGGGUGACAGGGUGGGCUGCAGAGUGUCCCUGCCCGGCUCUGGCAUCAUGGUGCGGAAUGUGGACGACCUGGACUUCCAGCUGCCCUCGCACGCCCAGGACAUGCUGGACGGCCUGCAGCAGCUUCGCUCUCUGCCCAAGCUGGCCGACGUCACCCUGCUGGUGGGCGGCCGGGAGCUGCCUUGCCACCGCAGCCUGCUGGCGCUCAGCAGCCCCUACUUCCACGCCAUGUUUUCUGGUGACUUCGCCGAGAGCUUCUCUGCUCGUGUCGAGCUACCUGAUGUGGAGCCGGCCGUGGUGGGACAGCUGCUGGACUUCGUGUACACGGGUCGGCUGACCAUCACACAGACCAACGUGGAGGCCCUGACGCGCACGGCCUCCCGCCUCCACUUCCCUGCCGUGCAGAAGGUCUGUGGCCGCUACCUCCAACAGCAGCUGGAUGCCACCAACUGCCUGGGAAUCUGCGAGUUCGGGGAGCAACAGGGGCUGCUGGGGGUGGCUGCCAAGGCCUGGGCCUUCCUGCGGGAGAACUUUGAGGCCGUGGCCCAGGAGGACGAGUUCCUGCAGCUGUCCCGAGAACGGCUGGCUACCUGUCUGGCCGGUGACCUGCUGCAGAUGCAGCCGGAGCAGAGCCGGCUAGAGGCCCUGCUGCGCUGGGUGCGCCAUGACGCCCAGGCCCGGGCUGUCCACCUGCCCGAGCUGCUCAGCCUCGUGCACCUGGACGCAGUGCCCAGGCCCUGCAGGCAACAGCUGCUGGCCACAGAGCCGCUGAUCCAGGAGUCAGAGGCCUGCCAGGAAGCGCUGUCCCAGAGCCACAGUGGGGUGAUGCUGGGCCUCCCGCAGAAGAUGGAGGAGGUGCUGGUGGUAGUGGGCGGGCGGGCACUGGAGGAGGACGAGGGUGGUGAGGAGCCCACUCCUCAGCCUGGGAACUUCGCCUUCUACAACACCCAGGCCCGGAGCUGGACGGCUCUCCCGGACUUCCCCGACUACCACAAGUGGGGCUUCUCCCUGGCAGCACUCAACAACGACGUCUAUGUCACAGGUGGCUCCCGGGGCACCAAGACAGACACCUGGUCGACCACCCAGGCCUGGUGCUUCCCGCUCAAGGAGGCAGCCUGGAAGCCUGUGGCACCCAUGCUGAAGGCCCGCACCAACCACGCCAGCGCCGCGCUCAACGGGGAGAUCUACGCCAUUGGCGGCACUGCCCUGGGCGUGGUGGAGGUGGAGAGCUACGACCCCUACACGGACAGCUGGACGUCCGUCAGCCCGGCCCUCAAGUACGUCAGCAACUUCUGUGCGGCCGGCUGCCGGGGCCGGCUCUACCUGGUGGGCUCCAGCGCCUGCAAAUACAACGCGCUGGCCCUGCAGUGCUACAACCCCGUCACAGAUGCGUGGAGUGUGAUCGCCUCGCCCUUCCUGCCCAAGUACCUGUCCUCGCCCCGCUGUGCCGCGCUGCAGGGGGCGCUGUACCUCAUCGGUGACAACACCAAGAAGGUCUACGUGUACGACCCGGGGGCCAACCUGUGGCAGAAGGUGCAGUCCCAACACAGCCUGCAUGAGAACGGUGCGCUGGUGCCUCUGGGCGACGCCCUGUACGUGACAGGGGGCCGCUGGCAGGGCAUGGACGGCGACUACCGUGUGGAGAUGGAGGCCUACGACACGGUGCGGGACUCCUGGACGCGCCACGGGGCCCUGCCCCGCCUCUGGCUCUACCACAGCGCCUCCAGCAUCUUCCUGGACGUCUCCAAGUGGACCCGGCCCUUCAGCCCAGCCCAGGAGCACUAGGUGGGGAGCAGCUGGCGGGGCCUCCCCAUCAGGCCCUUGCCACCCUGCAGAAUCCCCUGGGCUCUCACCGGUUCCACCGGAGCUGCUGUCUCCAGGGCUUUGGGCCACAGGGGACAUCAGAAGGCACACUGGGAGGACGUGGCCUGUGUCCACAGUUCUGGCAGCACGGCCAGAUCUCCAGACACCUGUGUGGGAGGAGGGCUUUGCUGACCUGGGAAGCCAACCCCAGAGGAAGGCCCUGGGGGAUCGGGACGCCCCAGAACUCAGGCCUCUCCCAGGGUCAGCUCCUAGGGCCUCUGUGCCCCACCUGUGGCCCUCGGGGAAGUUGCCUAAAUGAGGAAUAAAUGUGGGCACUGAAGCAGGGCCCUGGCAUGGGCCAGCACCAGGCCCUCUCUGGCUUGCUCUGACCCACUGCUGUGUGACCACACCUGGCAGCCUGCCAGCUCUGGCCUUGGGCUCUGUGCUCACUGCAACAGGACCACAAGGAGUCCCCCCCCACAGUGGCACUGUGCUGAGAGCCACAGCAGGGUUGAGAGCCAUUGAGAUGACGAUGGUUAUGUUAAGCUGUGUAUUCAGUUGUAUAUUAGACCCCUGCUGUCCGCCUUGGGCGCCCCCUACUUUGGAG